AUGAACGAACACGGCGAGGACCCCGCCGACAGGGAGCUCUUCGACCAGAACGUCGCCAUGCUUCUCCACGCCAUGAAGGUAUCAGACGCCGCUGAUGCCGCUUGCGAAGAGCAGUCCGCCGCCGCCAACACCGAAGCAGCAGCGCCAGCUGCUCUUCCCACCACGACACCUGCCCUGCAACCCGCUUCCGCCACGCUGACAAUCAGCACGCCCCUGCCCUCCCUCCCUGUCCGCUCCGCUCCGCCCGCCGCUGCCACCCUCACCACCACCGCACCCCCUGUCUCUGCCCCUCCGGCCCCUGACCGGGCUCGCCGCGCUGGAAACACCGCAGGAGUCCUCAGGGGUCUCACAGGUGAGCUACGGGGCACAAAGGUGCUCGGAAAGCUACGCAACGGCAACACGACGCAUGUGAUUUGCGACCAGGUCCGGACGGACCUCCGGAACGGCCUGCAACAGAGGCGUGACGAUUUUUUGGAAGCACGUGAGGACAUGGAUUGCUUCGAAUGUGCCACAGAUGGCGGCCAUUGCGAUGGGGGCGCUGGCUGGACUGUAGCCUGUGGCAGAUGCGCCACACUGGGACGGAUCUGUGGGACCUUCAGUGGGAAGGUCAUCACGGUGAUGCCGUUGGCGCAGGGAGCUGGCGGUGACGGCUCGUCGCUUGGGUUGAGGUAUUGGAAGAAAUGA